UUCUAGAAUUCUGCCUCAUUUAUAAAAAUUCAAAUAGAAUUUUUGAAAAAUGAGUUCUGCUGUGACAAAACUUGGAAUCAAAUUAAUACGAGAAGGUUGUGCAAAUAGACCUUUUUACCUGAUAGCGGUCACUCCUCAAAUUAGAAACUCGGAAGAAAUAAAAGAACAGAUUGGUACUUACGAUCCACUACCAAAUGAAAGGAAUGAAAAAUUGUGUGCAAUUAAUUUGGAAAGAUUAUACUAUUGGAUUGGACAAGGUGCUAAAAUUAGUACUCCACUUAGAGAAUUAUUAGGACUAGGAGGAUUUCUUCCAAUUCAUCCCCGCACUUACAUGACUGCUUGGAGGAAUAGAAAGACAAUGUUAGAAACUCAAAAAAAAGAAACAAAAACAGAUGAAAAUUAACUUUUAAUAGAUUUAUUGUUAUUGUUUAGAUAAAUAAAUAAAAACAUUUUAUCAAAA